AUUGGCGGGAAAAUCAUGAAUAUGCAAAGUCCAAACUCCAUAACAAGUCAUUCAAAGUUGAACAAUCUCUGAGAUACAGGGUAUUAUCAAUGGAAGGUAGCGAAAGCGAGGCGAUUUUCGAGUCAUUCAACCUUAAACCUCAGCUCUUCAUCAACGAAUCCCUAAAUAUUGUCGAUGAAUUAGUUGAUGGCGCUUUUCAUCACUUUCAUUUGGAAGCAUCGAAAUUAUUGAAGACUGAUGGCACCGACAGAUCUGAAGAUCUUCAAAAGGGUAUUGAUUAUAUUCAAAAUACAAUUCAAGCAUCUUUGGACAAGAGGCUUGUUAUGUGGGAGCAAUACUGCCUUCGCCAUUGUUUUACUGUUCCUACUGGGUUUUCAUUACCUUCUGGGGAUGAAGCAUCUAGUGAUGAUCUAAUGGACCAAGAUGAUCCUAAUGAUGAGCAGGUAGAAGCACAACUUGAUAAUCUAAGGAAUAAGCUUGCAGAGGCUGGAAAAGAGUGCCCUGAGUUGAAAAAAGAAUUGCGAGAAUUAGAAAGAAAAUCUACCAUGAGCAACCAGUAUAUCUCAUCUGUGAAUGAAGCAUUACAGUUGUAUGAGGAAAGUUCUGCACAUGACAUGUUCCAAGAUAUGAUGAACGUUGCAUCUGAACUCCGUCACAAAAUGGAGCAGCUAAAGAGCAAAGAGAUGAAAGAGAUUGAGCGCAGUAGGAGGGAGAGGGCAAAUGAUGCAAAUGGAGAUAUUCCCGAACUCAGAUACAGCAAGGGUCUUUCCAAGUUGGGGUUGGAUGAUCUUCAGGAGUUUGUGACCAAGAUGAACUCUGAAUUUCAGUAAGAGUUUCCACUCACUCGAUGAUGUAGGCUCUUUUUUGUUGUUCUCCAUGCUCCCGUUCCCCCCUCCUCUUACUCUGAAAUUACCCGGUGAAGUGAAGUUUUAAAUUUGUAAUUUCUGUACAUAUGUGAAGAUUAAGUCAUAGCAGCACAAACUUAAUGGUGUACAAUACUAGAUAAGGGAUGAGAUCCAGACUUCUAAUAGAGAUUAUAUGCUUGAUUAUUGUAUUUGUAUAACCUAAUCCGCAGUAUGAGAACUUAGAUGACAAAUUUCGUGCAACUAAUGUGCUUUCUUGGUCAUGA